CCACCUCUAACCCAUCAGACUUCAAAUCUCUUCUCGCUUUCUUUUUCUCUCUUUCUGAGUUCGUGAAAGAAUAACGCAGAGAGCGAUACCCACUAUCUCAAACUGGCGAUCGACAACCAAGAACCCACUGUGAAGGAGAUCAAACCCAAGAGUAGAAGAAUAAUGGGAGCUGGAGGACCAGACGAUGAUGAUAACAGGUGGCCGCCAUGGUUGCGCCCGCUUCUUCAGACGAGGUUCUUCGUUCAAUGCAAGUCACAUGCUGAUUCCCACAAGUCUGAAUGUAAUAUGUACUGCUUGGAUUGUAUGAAUGGCAGUCUCUGUUCUCUCUGUCUCGCUUAUCACAAAGACCACCGAGCCAUUCAGAUAAGAAGGUCUUCAUACCAUGAUGUGAUCAGGGUUAAUGAGAUUCAGAAGGUAUUGGACAUAACUGGUGUCCAGACCUACAUUAUCAACAGCGCUAGAGUUGUGUUCCUGAACGAACGACCUCAGCCAAGGCCAGGCAAAGGGGUAACCAACACCUGCGAGGUCUGUGAACGCAGUCUUCUCGAUUCCUUCCGAUUCUGUUCUCUGGGUUGCAAGAUUGUUGGUACUUCCAAGAACUUCAGCAAGAGGAAGCAGCAUCAAGGAAGGGCAUUUGAUGAAGAAGAAUCUUACAGCAGCAGUAGCUGCAGCCAUGGCAGUGGGAAGAACAAAGUUCAGAGCUUCACCCCUUCAACGCCACCGCCAACGGUCGUAAAUUACAGAACUGCCAAGCGAAGGAAGGGAAUCCCUCACAGAGCACCAAUGGGUGGACUCAUUAUAGAAUAUUAGGAAAAGUCUUUCUCUUUUAGUUAUUUACCCCUGAUAACAAGUAAAUAUCACAAUGCCCCCCCUACAAG